CGCAUAGCUAAACUGGUAAAACUCUUGAGGGACUCUCGACCGGAAAGUGUGAGGUCCCGUGUUUGAGUCCGCCAUCGCUUAAACGUUGUAUGCGUGAGAUGUUCCUGGGUUAUAAAAAAAUAUACAUACUAUACAGUAUACACGCAUAUACUACUCUUAUCCACCCAUGUGAUACAGACAUAUAUAUAUAUAUAUAUGGUGGCUUCUAUGGUACCCCGGGUGAAAUCCGGGGUGCCGCAUACCUCGAGUAUGGAAACUCUAUCUAGACCUCGAAUUACCAGAAUUUUUGUGUCUGAUAUUAUACCCUAACCCUUAAUGAGUGAACCCUAGGUCAUAAUUAUCUAAAUCAUAAUCUAUAAACCCUAAGAUGGUGCAUUCCUUUUUGUGCCUAUAUUUGGAUGAAUCAUAACUGUCGAUUAUUAUUUCUAAUUAAAUUGAUCUUGGAGUAUAAGAUUGGGAGAGUUAACACCUAGAUUUUGAUCUUUAAGUGUUAGAGUAUAGUAUCAUGUCCGAAAGAUCGGUCAAUUCAAGGUCUAGAUAGUGUUUUCAUACUCAAGGUAUGCGGUACCCCGGAUUUCACCCAGGGUACCAUAGAACUCGCCAUAUAUAUAUAUAUAUAUACACUACUCCAUUGUACCAGUUGCACGUAAAAUAUAUGUUCAUUGAUUUUUAUCAAAAGGAUAAGGACAUUGGUCAUUUAUCGUACUUGUUGUACGCCAACAUUUAACAUACUCAUUGUACGUUGAAAUUACAUUGAUUUAUAUCAAGCAUCACAUGUGACGAUCAUAUCCUAAAGAUUUUUAUGACAAAGUAUUUAUGGGCUUACACAUAGUGGGAUCCAGAGAUUUGAUUGUAUGCCCAUUUGAUAUGAUGAUUUUUGGAAUAUUGCUUAUAAGAUGAUCCAAUGAAGUUGUUAGUAGGUUAUGGACUAGUCGCAAUAUUCCGAUGUAUAGAGUAUUUAUCCCAAACUUUUAUCGCGAGUAAACGAUGAUGUGUAUACUUUAUUGGUAAUUUACUAUUAGUCUCCAUUCUUUAUAUAUUUGGGAAAGAAUGCUAAAACUUUGCAAGUUUUAUCUUUUGGUCCCUCGACUUUUAUAUGCAUAUUCAUAUAUGAUUUAAAAGGUUAUUAAUGUUGGUAUCUAAGUUUUAAAUUUAUUUUCACUUGUAAGUAAGAAGCAUUUUCCUAGUCAAAGACUUUCUCGGUUGGAAAGAUAAAUGUGCUCAACAUACAAUUAUAGUAUUUUGUUCGACACACAAAUAAGUAUUUAAAACUUGGAUUUAUUGAUACAAGGUAAUACUUAAAUUUCAUUUUAUUGAUAGAAUUCAUACAUCAUACAUGAUAAGUUAUCUAAGUCUCCUUUUCAUACUACCAAACAUGGAUUGAACAAGAGAAAUUUAAUCACGCUUACGAUUCUGAUGCUUUACUUCCUCGAGAAAGUGCUUUUGGUCAGGAUCAUCUAAUUGAGAGGAGCGUGCAGUUAAAAGGAGAAUUGCCACAAAGAAGAGGAAAAUCAAUCCAUCUAUGAUCUUUUUGGGAACAUUUCUUCACUCAUUACUUCACUCAAACUCGAUAAGAUCCUUGAAGCGACUUAUGAAGAGAAGAGUUCCCAAGAAGGGAAGAAAGAUUAUGCAAUUGAGAGAUGAUGAAUGGUUUUUCAGAGUUGAGUAGAAUUACAUUAAGAGAAAGAUUGUUGUUUUAUAGUCGAAAAGGGGGGAAAGAUAAGGAUGUUGAUGGGGUACAUUUUGCAUAAUGUUGAGAAGAUCAUUGUUUCAGUUUGAAAUUUGGAAAGAAACAAAAGAGGUAGUGUAUUAAGUUGGUCGAAAUUACCCAUAAAAUGCCACAAGGGUGAUUAAUAUUAUCAGGAGACAACACUAAGAUAUUAUUUUAUAUGUUGUAUCCAAUAAUUUUAUAUUGGAACAGUAAUGUGACGUUAAACAAAACCAACAUAAAUUACCAAAAGCAUAAAUAUCAAAUAUUGUGAUAUGGUGUAUUAAACAUUUUUCUUUUGGUGAAUCAAAAAGGAAUAGGGUUCGAAAUAUGGCGUCAAUGGGGCACGAAUGACACGCUAAAACGCAACACCAAACUGCGACCAAGUAUAAUCGCAGUCCGGAAAUGAAGUAAAGUGGCAAGUUCUAAUUAUCAACCCAGGGUCUAGAUCUACUGCUUACUCCGUGUAUAUCUGUUAUCUAGCAAACUAAGUUGAGUGAUUGUUGAUUUAGGUAAAAGCAGUAAGAAAGCAGGAAAUGGUUCGGUUUUCUAAAGCAAAGGAAGAGUCACUCGGGAAUGAGUCCCCUAGCUCCUUAGUUAGGUCACAGUUGUAAUUACUAUUGGUUGCUUUACUGCUGAUUAUACUGUGGAAGAUACGACAGUAGUUUGGAAUCUCUUAAGCUGACCAAGCCCUCUCAGUCAAACUACCCGGCAGACGACUAGUCUUCACCGGGAUAGAAUGCUGAGGCAAUGAACACAGAAUUCCAUUACUGGAAUUAGAUUCCAGCACAAAGCAAUGAAUCGAAUAACUCUCUUAUAAUCGAUUCACUACUACCGAUUGAAGAAGCUCUAACAACCUAAUCAGAUUCUAUCUAUCUCAGGUUGCAGCAGAAAUUAAUAAAAGGUGAUUAGACUUCAAUUGACUCAAUCAAAACACUUCAAUCGAUUAUAUUCAAGCAACAUCACAAUCCAAACGUAAUUACAAUCAAGAUUCCUAACACAUGGAACUAGGGUUCUUCAUACCCAAGUGAGAGAAAGUUCUACUCCAUAGAGAGAGAGAGAAAAACAGAAAUCAGAGUAGUCAUACUCAUAAUGAUGAGGAAAAUCUGCUAUGGGAUGUAAACUUCACUCCUAGGGAUGCAAUAUGGGCUUCAAUGGUGAGAAAUCCACUCCAAAUAGCUCCUAGGGUUUGUUCUUUGCACUUUCUCUCUCUAAAACUCCGUUUUUGCUCCAAAAAGUCGACUCCCUCUCCUUAGGCUCGAAUCUGCCUCAAAAACCUGAUCUUGGGCAAAACACGGUCGAGGGCACGGCCGUGUUUUGCUUUUGCACGUCCGUGCCUUUGCCACGUGUUAAAAACACGCCUGCGUCGCUCAAAACAUGGUUCUGCCUAAAGAGGGACACGGCCGUGUUUUUACUCACUUUCGCCCGUGUUUUGGACAUGGCAGGAGCUCCCUUCGACCCAGCCUCGGCAUAAAUAACACGGCCGGGGACACGGUCGUGUUCUUCUUUAGGCCAGCCCGUGUUUUGCUUUUCCAUCUGUUCAACUCUCGCACAUAAAAACACUGGGGUGCUCGUUUGUGUACACGGCCGUGUUUAUCAGGCCUCCUGCCCGUGUUUUGCUCCCAGCUCGACCGAAUGACCUCCAUAUGCCCCGAAUCUCAUGCUUGGCCUUUCCUUCAACGUUUGGGACCUGAAAUAUGACAAAGUAGCACAACCCAGCGUAAAAAGGCCCAAAAAUACACGAAUACUAGCCGCAAACGGAUAAGAACUAAGGGUGCAAACAUGUGCAAAUACAUCGUUAUCAACGAACCUGCAACAUACCAAUUGAGGUCAAAGAGUCGUGCCACUUCGAUCGCGUCCCCUUUUGGUAUCCUUAUUCUUAAUGCCUUGCAUAAAAUAUGUCAUUGUGUUGAAUUCUACUCGUAGUUAAUCCUUCUUCCUGAAGCAAAAGGUAAUCAAACAACCCAUAAACCUGGAGUUUACGUAUGUUGUAAAUUGAUAUAUUGACAUGGCCGGUUGGACCAUCCCGGCUAAAUUUUGAUGCAAAAUAUAAUCGAGGAUUUGUAUAAAUCGUUAGUGAGAAUAUAAGCAAAAUUUCACAAUGAAAGAUUUUUCUUGUGCCGCUUAUUCUCAAGGAAAGUUGAUUAUGAUAUCACCAAUGAAUGUAAUAAGUGAGUUGGUAUAUGCACUGUGAAAUUAUUGGAUCAAUGCACCAUAUGGAUUAGAUAGUUAUUUAUGAUUAUAGUCAAUGCAACAACUAAAUGAUCACUCCACCUGCAGUCUGAAGUUUGCAAGAUUGGUUGCACAAUUGAUUCACUUAUGGACAUAUAUGAACAAAUGUUCAAUAUGAAGAAAAUACUUCUUGAUGAAUACUGGUGGGUUUACAUUCAUAUUAUUGGGUUCUAUAUCAAACAUCAUGUAGCACAUGCUUGUGCAUAAAUAUGUCAACCACUUUUUAAAGACAUUCCAGCUGCAUGUAGCAAGAUCAUUUUAGCAGCAUGGCAAGAAGUUAUCACUACUAAAAACCAAUGUACAAGUUGGUUUUAUUCAGGAACCUUAAAUUACAAUAAAUGAAUUUAUGUUAAUUUUAUGUGGUAAAUUGUUCCACCACCAUUUACAAAGAUGGAUUCUUCAAAGGAUAUUGACAACUAAUGUGGAGCAAGAAGUCUCCAUCGUUUUAAUGAGACAAGAAUCAAUUAUAUGACAUUUGUUGACAACCAUUGUUAUAACAAUGGUUUUGUAACACCUUAGGCAAAAUCUCACAUCGACAAAGCACGGGAGAGAUCCAUGGUUCAUAAGAGUAGGAAACCUGCCUUAACUGACAAGACGUGUUUUGGGGUGUAAUGGAGCGUUCUUGUGAGCACUCCGAAGUUAAACGUGCUCAGUGUGGAGCACAACAAGGAUGGGUGACCUUAUGGGAAGUCACCUUGAAUUGCACCCCAAGUCGAAAACCGUGAGGGUCGAGGCCCAAAGCGGACAGUAUCUUGUCAGGAAAAUGUUCAGGAUGUUACAAGUGGUAUCAGAGCCUGGUUUAUGUAACACCUUAGGCAAAUGUCACAUCGACAAAGCACGGGAGAGAUCCAUGGUUCAUAAGAGUAGGAAACCGGCUUUAACUGGCAUGACGCGUUUUGGGGUGUAAUGGAGGAGUUCUUGUGAGAACUCCGAAGUUAAACGUGCUCAGUGUGGAGCACAACAAGGAUGGGUGACCUUAUGGGAAGUUACCUUGAAUUGCAUCCCAAGUCGAAAACCGUGAGGGUCGAGGCCCAAAGCGGACAGUAUCUUGUCAGGAAAAGGUUCGGGAUGUUACAGGUUUCAUUCAAACCUUUAAACGUUGUACAAAAUGGUCACCAAAAAGUUUAAUUUGUAACAACAUGGUAAAAUUUUUUGAACUUGUAUGAAAUGGUCACUCUAUUUAAUUUGUGACUAUUUUGUUCCAAGUACAAACAUUUGUUACCGUAUCUAAGUGCAAAAAUUUAUGAUCGUUUAUGUUACUCACCCUAUAAAAGAUGCAUAAAUGAUAAGAAUGAGUAAAUUAUCCAUCAAAUGACUGAGCUUGUAGAACCGUAAAACAAGUUAUGAUAGCGGUUCGGUUCAUUAGUUGGACGGUUAACAAUGGACCAAAUGAUUAUUCACAGUUCAACAUAAAACCAAAUGAGCCACUACGGUUUAACUAGUCAACCAAUUCAAUAUUUUAACCACAAAUUAAAAAAAAAAUUAACGUCAACUAAGACCAUCAAACCAAAAUUAUUAAUUUUAUUUAUGCUUCCUCUUCUCAUUUUCCAACCUCGUUAUCGACUUUACAUGGUCCACUACCAACUGGGACCAUAAUUUUUAACUUGAAUUAAAAAAAAUUAUGAUUUCAUUUGUGAGACGGUUUGAAUGAUUUGUUUGAUAUUUUGAUGAUGAUAUGAAUUUGAAAUUUUUUUAUGGUCAAUGAUAACUUCAUUCUUAAAUUAGGGUGUCAUACAAGUCUUGUUUGUUAUAUAUCAUGAACGGUUCUAUCAAUGGUUAACCAACAGUUUUACAACGAUUAACCACCAAAUGUUAAACCACUAACUUUGUCUCAAUGGGAAAGGACUUUAUGAUGCUUCAGACGAGAUGUGAUAUCGUCCGAGAGGCUUUUGUCUUCGACUCGAGCUUUAGGUUAUUCAAUUCGAUCUAAUUUGUUGUGUAUUAAAAAUUAUUAAAUUUUCAAAAUAAAUUAUGAUUCUAUAAUAAUUUUUUGUGAUAAAAAUGAUGUCGACGAACAACUCCUUUGACGAGAGUUAAAGUUCAAACCUGACCACUAAUCCCCACUAAAACAUUAACAUAUUUAAACAAGUUGAAAAUAAAGGAUGGAGAGGUGGUAAACCUAUUUUUAUUCUAACCAGUCAUUGAUAUUCAAAAUGCUUAUGUUUUCUCUAAUAUUUAAGGUCAAUGCAUAGUUAAUUCAAUGAUGAGUUGCCAAAAUAAGACAAAGGAUGAUCGAGAGAAUUAAAACGAUCACAAACCAUUAAUUUGUAACGACUCGGUAACAAGAUUUUGCACUUAAUACAAAAUGAUCACAAAUUAAACAUCAGAGACCAUUUUAUUCAAUUUCAAACUUUUGCACAUAUGACUGACUGUUUCUUGCAAAUAUUUGAUUUUCAAUCCAAGGGAAAGUCUCGUUCUUUCAAGUUUUUUUUUUUCAAUUACUUUUGAAUACUCUUCUAGAGUUUCAAGUCAUGCAAUAUUUUAUUAUCUUUGAAUACUCUUCUAGAUUUCAAACAUAUUUAUACCUUCAGUCUCAACAUAAGAUCAUUGUUUAUAAAUGUGUCGACAACCCAAAGGAGGUAAAGAAUUUUUCAACACAUUAAUAUAAGAAAUUCGGUAUCUUCAACCAAUGAUUCUUUGUCAGAACACAUGAAACAAUCAUUGGAAGGUAUUUUAGGUAAAUGCAUCUGCCUGUCUCGAACGUAUUCUUCCAUUCUUGUAGGGAACUCAUUGAGACAAUCAUUUUGUCGAUGCUCUUUUGAUUUGAUUUAGGAGGUUUAAUGAGUUGAGCAAUGUUCCCUAGAACCUUAACAUAUUUUCUUCGAGCAAACUAACUCCUUUAGAGAGUUUCAUAUCAAUAUCAUCAUUAGGCAUGCUUAAUCAGUGCAUUGUAAUAACAUUCCUUAGACGCAUAUAUAAUUUUAUAUACAACCAAAAGUCAAAUCCACCAUAUGAAAGUAAGUCUUUUCAUAGUCAAUGCAAUCAUUCUGCGAAGACCUUUAUGACAAGCCAAACAAGAUAUCUCUUAAUUUCUCCUCCUUUGUCAUGUCUUCAUAAAACAUCAUAUGAGUUUUAUUGCAUUGCUACUGUAUAGCUCUUAUGAUUUCUUACUUUUGAUAGACCAUUAAUUACACAUGUUUUUACCCCUAUUAUUUUGCCGUUUGAGACAUUGAUUCUCGUGUUUUAAGCCGAUUUCACGCUAGGUUGUGCGUUUAUGUCAUAUUUCAGGGCUUAGCGUUGGCAUCGAGGCGGAGGAACGAGAUUCGGGUGAAAAGGAGCAAGUGAGGUUAGGAAUGUGCUGGAGAGCAAAAAUACCCGGCCAUGAUCAGAAAUACCCGGCCGGGUAUUAUUUGACGACGACCGGGGAUCUGACGCUUUGGGCGUCUUUGAGAAACAGAAGGGGGCCUGGGCAGGAGGCAAAAAUCCCCGGUCGGGGAUUCUUGGACAUGACCGGGGAUUUCGCCCUGUUACCAGACGGUGCGUUUUGCACAUACCCGGUCGCCACCCAAAAUACCCGACCGGUUAUUUGGGCUGGGGAUCGCGACAGACAGCUUCUUAAGGGAAAAGAAGGCUAAAAAUCAAGGGUUUCGAGUUUUAGGGAGACAGAGCGAUUCCUAGAGAGAGAAAGCGACGAACCAGAGUUCCCAAGUGCCCUAGCUUGAUCUUCAUCACCAUUGGAGCUCGGCUCACACUUGGAGAAGUGCCGAUUGACGACCAGGAGCAGAAACCCAUCCUUCACAGUAUGGAUUCCGCAUCUGAACUUGCUUUUGCUUCUCGCUCCAUGGAGUAACUCCCUCAUUCAUCUGGGUAUGGAGAACCCUAGAUUUGUAUGUUAGGUCUGAUUGUAUGAACCCAAGUACAGAUUCUAUGAUCUGAUUAUAUUCAAUUGAGGUUUGAUUUAUUGAAUGACAUGAAUCCUCAUCAAAUUCCUGUUGUUUCUGCUUUAACCUAGAAAGAGAAUAUCUGCCUAGGUUGAUAGAGCACACUUAAUUGAAGGUAGUGAAUUGGCGACUUUAGUCGAGGAGCCAAUUCACUAUUCUGUACCGAAUUUACUUCGGUAGUGGAGGUUUGGUUCGUUAGGGCCUCAAUCUGUUUACUCCGGUGGAGGUUAGUCGCCCUCUGGGGACUCAGAUUGAGAGGGUCUGGAGACCUUUAGACCAGACUUCAGACUGCUUAAGAACCUCCCGCAGUAUAACUAUCAUAAAAACUGAACUUGGUA